GUUUUUUGGAAAUAUUUUUAUCGUUUUUGGCAACAUGUAAUUUUAACAUAAGAACUCCAAAACUAUCCGUAGGAAACGUAGACCACAGUUUUCCCCCAAAACAACUCAACCAAAACACUUCCAAACAACAUGUCAAGGAAUUGAAUUUGUGGAUUUUGAGAACCCGUCAGCCCUUUUCUCAUCACUUACUGGCUGAGUCUCUGCCUUUGAAAGCAGAGACCCAAAAUCAGGUGUUCGCCAGUCUGCACGGGAACUAAGCUCAAUGGGUCGAUCUCGUGGAGUUUUUCAGUCCCCUGAUGAGGACCCCACCCAAAGGUUUUGCAUUUUCUUUCUCAUCAUUUGAUCUUAUGUAAUUCGCUUUUGUUUUUCAGAAAGAUUAUAUUAACGUGGAUUGAUUUGGUAGUGUCUCGAUUUUAGAAAUGCGGGUUUGAGGGAAUUGGAUGUGGGUUUGUGUUUUCCAGCUGAUGCAGAGCGGUCAGUGAAAUGGUUGUAUAGAAGCAGAAGUUUAUGUUUUUUUUUUUUUUUUUGUUGAUAUAAUCUUUGUGGCUUAUUUCAUGACUGGAUUUUGCAGGAUUGUCAUUUGGGUGUGGUUUCUGUUGUUUGAUCAAAUUGUGAUCUUCGAUGCUUUUGUAAUGGAAGUUGUCAAAAAAGGAAAAAGCCUUUUGAAAAUUUAGGGAAUCCAUUUUUGGAAGUGGUAUUUCUAUUUCAAAGAAGUGAAAUUUUGUUGUUCAUUUUAUGAUUUUUCUCAGACUUUCUUAUCAUUUUGUGGACUCAUUGAGACUUCUAUACAUCUUAUCACUGGGUUUUAGAUUGAAUUCAAUAUUUAUCUUUGUUGGUACUAAUUGUUCCGCAUUCAUACAUGGUUGCUGAGUUUCUUAUUAAUCUUUCCCAUAUAAAGAUUUUAAUUUAAUUAUCUUUCUUUUUGAAUCUAUAUUGUGUUUGCCUCUUGCAUAGCUGAGUUUUGUUUCUCUAAAUGCAUUAAUUAUGUUUUAUGAUUGUAAAAAUGUUUUGUUGAGCAGAGUUCUAUCUUUCAAUUCAAUAAUCUCUGGCACAUUGGUGCAGUUUCAUCUUAUAAUUCUGGUUUUAAUGCUAUGCAGAUCAAGGAGGAAAAAGAAUGCUUCAAGUGGAGAAAAUUUAGACUCUGCAGCUGCAGGUCAAGGAUCAAGCGAAGGGAAAAAGGCUUUAUACCAUUGUAACUAUUGCAAUAAGGACAUUACUGGGAAGAUUCGUAUCAAGUGUGCUGUCUGUCCUGAUUUUGACCUAUGCAUAGAGUGCUUCUCUGUAGGAGCCGAGGUGACAUCUCACAAAAGUAAUCACCCUUACAGGGUCAUGGACAAUCUAUCUUUUCCACUUAUUUGUCCCGAUUGGAAUGCAGAUGAUGAGAUAUUGCUCUUAGAGGGAAUUGAAAUGUAUGGCUUGGGGAACUGGACAGAAGUUGCUGAGCAUGUUGGGACAAAGACUAAAGAGCCCUGCAUUGAACACUAUGCGAAUGUCUACAUGAACUCCCCAUACUUUCCCCUUCCGGACCUGUCUCAUGUUGUUGGAAAAAAUAGAAAGGAGCUUCUUGCGAUGGCUAAAGGUCAUAGUGAUGACAAGAAAGGGUUUUCUUUGCUAGGGGAGCUUACUUUGAAGGAAGAAUCUCCAUUUUCCCCUUCAAGAGUCAAAGUUGAAGAUACACACAAGGGCGGUCCCUCAGGCCGUUUACUAUCUGUCUUAAAUGCUGAUGUAGAUUCUACGGUCCGUUCUAGUGGAACAAAUGUGGCUGCAACGGCUACUGUUAAGAAGGCAUCCAACAUGGCUCAAGUCAAGGAUGGUCCUAAUGUUGUUAAAGUGGAAGAUCCUCAAAUAGACAGGAAUUUUGGAGGGAAGAAACCCAAUUCUGGAGCGGAGGGUUCUUCAUUGGUUGAGUUGAGUGGUUAUAACUCCAAAAGACAUGAGUUUGAUCCUGAAUAUGAUAAUGAUGCUGAGCAGUUGCUAGCUGAGAUGGAAUUCAAGGAACCUGACACUGAAGAUGAGCGUGAACUGAAGUUGCGAGUGCUACGUAUUUAUGCAAAGAGGCUCGAUGAGAGGAAGCGGAGGAAGGAUUUUAUUCUAGAAAGAAAUCUGCUUCAUCCCAAUCAGUUUGAGAAGGAUUUGUCACCUGAGGAGAAGGAGUUAUGUCAGCGGUAUGACGUCUUCAUGCGUUUUCAUUCCAAGGAAGAGCAUGAAGACUUGCUCAAGACUAUUAUUUCUGAGCAUCGAACUCUCAAGAGAAUUCAAGAGCUUAAGGAAGCUCGGGCUGCUGGCUGUCGCACUUCAGCUGAGGCAGACAGAUACCUUGAACAGAAAAGAAGGAGGGAAGCAGAAGAACAUGCUCGUCGAGUAAAGGAAAGUGCUCAAGGUGGUACAAGCGGUCAGGGAGCUCAAAACGUGUUCAUGGCUUCAGAGUCUGUAGGCAAGGAUGCAAACUCAAGAACUGCAGGGCAGGCUACUUCGAGCUCUGUUAAUGAUUUUGAUGUAAUGGGGUGCCCUGAGGCAGAGCUACUGUCUGAAACUGAGAAACGCCUGUGCAGCGAGAUUAGGCUAGCUCCAGCUCACUAUCUUAAGAUGCAGGAGACUUUAUCAGUAGAAAUCUUCCAAGGCAAUGUCAGUAAGAAGUCUGAUGCUCAUCGGCUCUUCAAGAUUGAACCCAGCAAAGUUGAUCGGGUCUAUGAUAUGCUUGCCAAGAAGGGGAUUGCUCAACUCUAAGAAGGGGAUUACACAACUUUUAAGGACUCUUUGACUUGUAUAAUUUAGUUCUUCAUGUUGUUAUUGGCCGAAAGAUAUUAAUUUAUUUCCUUCAUUUUCAUUUUGUAUUUGAAAAAUGAAGGAACACUAGAACUUUUGUUGCUUGUAAAUGAUUAUAGGUGAGAUCAGUAUCCAAUAGAACAUCCAGAAUGGUGAAUUGACUUAAUUUUAUGAAGAGAUGACAUCCACCAUUGGCACUAUUCUUUGCAAUAAUAUUUAGUUGCUUUCAGUA